AUGAACAAAACUCACCCCCAGAGAAACGGUGGUGUAGCUACUUUUGAUUCAACAAAGGCCUUCUCUGAAGAGCGAGGGGCUUGUCCUUCCCCACCCUUCUGCAUCCAAGUGUGUUGCCCAAGCAGGCGGUUCUGCAUCUCUGCUGCAGUGCUUCUCGUCCUUGCUGCCACCGUGGCCUUGGCGGUGGCCCUGGGGCUCUUGCUGCGUGCACCAGUGAACCGCUUCUGUACAGCCUCCAAUAACCGGACAGGUUUCUUGUGUGACAAUGGAGUGACCUGUGUGCCAGCCAGCCUGGUCUGUGACAGAGUCAGCAACUGCAGGAAUGGAGAGGAUGAGCAGGAGAGGCUCUGUGGUGACUUGCCCCACAGCCUUCCGGGAUACCUGGUUUUCCACUGCAGUAACCCCAGGUACUGGAUCUAUGCUGAUCAGAGGUGUGACGGGAUGAAUGACUGUGGAGAUUGCUCGGAUGAGAUGGGGACCUUGGCCGCCUGCCCCCCGUGCGGGUCGGAGUGGUGGAGCUGCAGCCCUGUGCUCUACGAGUAUUGCUCCUGCGUUCCCAGGAGGCUGUGCCGGGACGGCGUCCAGCACUGCUUCAGCUGGUCCGAUGAGUAUAUCUGCAGACCGUGA